UUUUUGCAAAUUAUCUAAAUGUAGUAUCGUGGUCAUGUUGGUUGUUCGGUCACACAUCUUACUUCCGACUUUUUUCCCGACGCGCGAGCAAGUCCGAGUCUCAGUUGACAAAUCUCUCGUCUUAGACGCAUCAAAACCGAGGCACAGGCUCUACGGGUAAAAUAGAACAAAUCACAAAAGCAUUCCAAUGCUUUCCCCACAUGUAAGAUCCCACACACCUUAUCCAGCGCAACCCCAAAAAGCCACCCUCUCAUGCAAACACCCCCCAAGACCCACCCACCAGACCAACACGAACACAGUAAUUAUGUCCCUACUCGUCCCUCUACACACGACCCGCCCGUUCACCCGCAUCCCCACAUCCCGUGUACCCAGCAGUCCACUACGCGAGCACUAAACCCUCCAAUCACCGUCCUGCUUUCACGUUCUAGGCGACGCACCCUCAAAGUACAUGCAGCAGCUCCACAAGGGAGGGGAGCAAAUAGGCGCAAGGAGGUGACCUUUCGAAGGGCGGGAGUUUUACAGUGCGGAAUAGCAUGUGUAAGAGUGUUGGAGUGUUGGGGUGUAUUUAUAAUGUUGGCGAGGAACGGAUCUUGACGAGUCGGUUUUUUUGCAAGUUUGGUGAUAAGUGAUAUUGAAGUCUUGGUAGUGAGUAGAACACCUCAUCGGCUUUCACGGUCUGCGUUGGUUGACUGACGACUUGGUCCGCGGCUUCACUGUUGACAACUUGGUCCGCGGCUUCAUUGUUGAUAGCUAAGCGCACAGUUUAGCGUUGAUCGAUUGCAGAUACGCAUGUACCGACGUGUCUCACAACCACCAUUCUCAAUCUCCAACACAGCAACGCUACCCAAAGCAACAAUGUCCACCGAAAACGCUCAACAGCCGCCCGCCCCC